AUGCAUGGUGUCAUGGCAACUGCUGAUGACAUGAAUGAGCUUGGCGGUUGGCUUACCGCAUCAUUUUCAGGUAUCUACGUUGUUUCGAUCGAGAUUGGCAAUGGAUACGAUGAUUCGUUUUUAUUACCAAUGAACAAACAAGUAGAACUCUUUUGCGCCACUGUUCUUGCUGAUGAACAUUUGCGUGAUGGUUUCAACAUGCUUGGCAUUUCACAAGGUAGUCUAAUUGUGAGAGGAGCUGUUGAACGAUGUUCGCUGCCGGUCUACAAUUUGAUUACGAUUGUCGGUGCUCCUCAAGGUAUCUUUAGUGAUCCCUCUCGUAGGUUGCUUCCUCGCCAAUUUUGGGAAUUAGUUUCAAAAUAUGCAUAUGAAGAGUCUGUCCAAAAUGUGAUUAGUAUUACGGGCUUCUGGUGUGAUCCUUUUCAACUGGAGAAGUACACAAAUCGAAGUCAUUUUCUUUCUAACAUUAAUAAUGAACGUGAAGUUCACAAUGAAACUUAUCGUACGAAUAUGCUCAAGCUCAACGCAUUUGUUAUGACCUAUUCAGACAUAGAUGAGGUUAUAACGCCACCACAAUCGUUGGAACCUGAAACAUGGAAUCAGUCACGUCAAUUUACAGAAGAUCUCAUCGGAAUGCUGGCAUUGCCUCAAAAACCUGUUACUCUAUUAAAUACAUCAUUGUCACUUGAUGUAUUAGAUAUUCUUUUACGUGAAAAACAACAAUUCAAUAAUGAUGAAUGUGAAAUAACCGAUGUAUUCGUCAAUAAACCGAUAAAACAGAAACGCAAAAACCAUGAUAAUGUACUUCAAUUAUCAUCUUCAGAUAAUACUGAUGAUCAUGAUAAUGAAAAUAAAGAUGUUUUGCCUCUUCCACUUUGGGAUCGAAUUCGACAACGGACAGUUGUUUAA